AUGUCGUCUCCUUCCAAGGGACCGUACGAACCUAACAAGAGGGUUCUUCAAGCUCCCGGUAUCCCUAUACAUGUAUUAAAUGAGCUGACGUCCUCCUCCAAUAAACACAAGCAACAGACUACCGUCUCAUCUACCAAUGCGUCUAUUGCUUCGUCUGAAGACUAUCAAAGACCUAAUUUUUCAGCACCAGACGUUGAUUUGAGUACACCCAAGGGUUCUGGCUCCUUUGGCACUGCCUAUGGAACGUCUUUCCCUGACAAUCACAAUCUAACAGUUCCAGGCCAGCCAGGUACUUCUACCGCGAGUAUGGCCAACAUAGUGCAUCCUUCGAUGUCUAGAAGUUCGACAGGCACUUCAGUGAUAUCGGGCAACAUAGCGAGACCAUCGUCGGCGAUACUUUCAACCACUGAGGCAGACGAGUAUGCUAGUGUUUACUCCCUGUCUUCACGUACUAAUGUUUACUUAGAUGACAACAAGUCUGACUACAGCUACUCAGGAAGUGCUGGAGGGUCUCAUGUUGAGUCUUCGAGCAACGUUGCCACUACUGGACCUCCAUUGUCCAUCCGUGAGAAGCUCCGGUUGAUGAAAACGGGUGUCAUCCCCGCCUCAAGAUCCGACUGUGUGUCUGAAAAAUCCAGUGCACACUCCACAACCCAGCCAGAGAGUGAUAAGUGA